UCUCUCUCUCUCCUCUUUUCAGGCGGUUCUUCUUAUCCGCCUCCUUUAGCUCAGCACCUUGCGGCCGUUUCUGCUAUCAUCUUUCAGAGAAAAAUCUGAACGCUUCUACAAUUAUUUCUCCAUCAUCCUUUUAGCCAUAUUAGGAGACCUUAACGCUACUCCAAACGGCAAAACCCUAACCCUAGCCACAUCGGGCUCGCCUGGCGAGCCGCCUCUAUGCAACCUAGCACCAGAGAAAUGCAAUCAAUGGGAGCUCCAAUGAACGGCAUGCCAGGAUCAUCCACGCCUUCCUCAACCGCUGCCUCAGCGUCCCAUAUUUCCCUUCACGAGCUCCAGAACGGUAACGGUCAGGCCCAUAUUCAAAACCCAAAUCUGCACGGUUCCUCUUCCCAGUUCGACCCAUCCGCAGCCAGUAACGAUGACUUCUUCGACCAGAUGUUCUCCAACAUCCCUUCCUGGCCAGACCUCGGCAAGUCUCCGUGGGAUCUCUCAAACUCCGCCGCCGCCGCCUCCGGCUACGACGAAUCUUCUCUUCUCGCAUCACGGCUCCGUCAGUACCAGAUCAGCAGCGGAGAUGGCGGAUCUCCGGUAGGAAAGUCCAUGAUGCUACCGCUCAGCGCACAGCAGCAACAGCAGUUUCUCCUCUCGGCCAUCGGCGGGAGGCCAACCGCCUCAGAUCCCGACUCCAGUUUGCUCACCCCGCUGCCGCUCUCUCUCGCUUCCGCCGGCCAUGGAUCCGACUCCGACACUUCCUUCAAAUCCCCUAAUUCGACCACAGCAGACGGGCUUUACAAUGGAUUCGGUAGCGGAUCACUUCAACGAUCACCGAACCAGCCGCAACAUUUUCAUCAGGCUCAGGGUGCAGCAAUACCUCAGCAGAGCUUCGGAGCAGUGCCGCCGGCUGCAGUUUCUACACCCGCCGGUGCUGGGGCUCCGGCCGCUCCUCGGCAGCGAGUCCGCGCACGACGCGGCCAGGCUACGGAUCCACACAGCAUCGCGGAGCGGCUUCGCAGAGAGCGGAUCGCAGAAAGAAUGAAGGCUCUGCAGGAACUCGUCCCCAACGCAAACAAGACGGACAAGGCUUCCAUGCUGGAUGAGAUUAUCGACUACGUGAAAUUCCUACAGCUUCAAGUCAAGGUACUCAGCAUGAGCCGCUUGGGAGGCGCCGCCGCCGUUGCCCCUCUCGUCGCCGACAUCUCCUCAGAGGGUGGGGCAGCGGUGGGGAGGGGAUCGCCGGCGGCGAACGAAAACAUGUCGGCGACCGAGCACCAGGUGGCUAAACUGAUGGAGGAGGACAUGGGUUCGGCCAUGCAAUAUCUCCAAGGAAAGGGCCUCUGCCUGAUGCCCAUCUCCCUCGCGUCCGCCAUCUCCACCGCCUCAUGCCGCGGCCCAACCUCCAGCCUCCUCGCCGGCUCCGGUGCCUGCGCCAUCAACAAUCUGGCCGCUCUCAUCCCCGGUAUUCCGGUGGGAGGGGACGCACCGUCGUCGCCUAGUCUGUCGGUACUCACGGUGCAGUCCGCCGUGGCCGGCGGCUGUGAGACCGACCUCUCACGGUCCUCCGGCAAGGACGGCGCCGCCUCUGUAUCCAAGCCAUAAAGAUGGAAGAUGACGAAAUUGAAGAAAAAGGCGUCAAAGUUAAAGUCUAAGGGAAAUAAUGUCGUCUUUGGGCAGUUCUUUUUUGGAUUGACGCCCGUAUUUGCUUAGACUUUGGCAGCUUGCCCCCACCACCACUAUCACCAUCAUCAUCACUUCCUUCUUUUUUCAUCUUUUCCUUUUCUAUGAACACUAUUAACUAUUUAGUAUAUAUACAUAUAUAUAUUUUCAAUUCCAGUCAACUUUCUAUUCUGUAUUCUGUAUCGCUUCUACCUGUUCUUCUAACUUUUGGAUUAAAUAUUAGCAAGUCGUAGCAUAUCUUUUUAUCAA